CACCUGGCUGCAUCUGUCCCGCCCCAUGAGAAUCAGUGCUGUGCCAUUCCACUGGGGAGGCAGCCCAGAGGGAACAGCCAGGGGUACGGACCCUUCCUGAGGGACCGAGAGGGUCACAAAGAUUUCAGCAAACAAAGGCUUCCCUCCUCUUAUUCACAAGAGGCGGAGUUUUUUGACAUGAGUUGAAGCUGAGGUGGUCCAAUGAAGUGGGUAGUUUUCCCUAUUUGUGUCUUGGGAAUGAAUAUAGCAAGAAAAUACUGAUUUGUUCAGAGAAAGAUGCUCCAGGAGGGGAAAGAUUAAAGGAUGUAUUCCCCUGGGUCAUGCGCAAACCGUUACCUUGUAGUCCAUGUUUCCGUUUUAACCUUAAAACUCAAUUCAACUAAACAAGGUGCCCCUUCCACACCUAAUGGAGGCUUUAUCAUGUUUAAGGAGACAAGUUUCUUGAGAGGCUGUAAAGACAAAAUGAGCAGUAACAGCAGGGCUUAGUCAGGCUCUGUUGCCUGCAUUUGCCUAAAAAACAGUCUGCCUCGGCUGACAUGUGUUUUAAUGAGGGAUGAACAGCAGCAGGAUGCUUUUGUACAAGUUCAUUACACCGGGUCCUCCAGCCAGACCUCUCAUGGGGCACACGGUUCAGCCUGAACGUUGGAUGAAACCGAAUCGAUUUUAAAUCAUUUACAGAGACAUAUAAAAUCCAAAGAACUUUUGAUGCUGAAGACGUGUAUGUGUAUGCUCAGAUGCCUUACUGCUGGAGGGGAUGAGAAUCUGCCCCAGGUGCCAUGCUCCUACACUUUUUUAUUGAUCACAUUUUAUUUUUUCCCAUCUACUUCUCCUGGGAUUGGUUUCAAAAAUAGACUUCUGCAUCUUACACCAGCAAAGGCCAGGGAAGCAAAGGAUGUCAGCUGCAGAUUUAAAGGUUGACUUCAAGGCAAACAUCCAACAGCCCCACCAGCCUCCAGGUCAGCUUCACUCUCCAGAGACAGGUCUCUAUUGUGGCGGUUAAUAGUGUUCAAAAUACCAAUAUUCUUCAUCCAUAUGCUGGAAAAGCAGAGUGGUUUCUCGUGUUCACUGAAAGGUGAUCUGCCUUUAUAUAAAGCCACCUUCUUUUAAGCACAAGUAUAAUGAAACCCACAGGAAUCCAUAAAGAGUGAUGGGACAUUUUUCUAAAAUGUCAGGCCUGUACAUCUUCCACCUUCCGUGAUUCAGAAGUGGCGUAAAAGGCCAUAAACCAUUUAACUGCUGUGAUUCACUGCCCUGAUUCACACACUUGAUACAAAUAUUCAGAGAUCAAAGUGGUACUACCCCCAAAAUAAAGUUUUUAAAUGAUUUCUUAAUGCUUGCCAUAAAGAUGGACUUCCAGCUAAAGCAUUAUUCUCCUGAUUGAUAUUGGCUAUUUUAGGUAGCAAGUCCCCUGUGGUGAAGAUUGAUGCUUCCUUUAAGAAUCAUAUGUGCGGUACAUAAAGCAAGGUACUCUGCAGAUGUGUUUCCUCCCUGACCUAGGCUGAACAUGACACACUGAUCACUCAGGGGUUUUCUAGGCAAAAGUUUACAGGGCAUUAAGAAAGGAUGGAAACUUCUUCCCCGUGAAGGAAUCUGGAAGGUCCCCUAAACCUGCUUGUAUUAAGUUUGUAUUAGAUGAAGGUGUUAAACUGGCAUGUGUCUACCAACAGGGGAGUGAUCCUUUUAAGUCCUCUGCUUCGUCCCCACUUGUGGAAUUUGUUGUGCCAGUGGGACGAGGAUGGCUAUAAAACCCCAGCGCAGGGCACCUCUGUCCUGCUCAGGCAGCCUGCCACCACACCUCUGCUGGGAACAGCCCCGGCGAGAUCUCCCCUUCACCUCUGCCGGGCAGGCAGCUGCUCUGCUGACGGAGGAGGAUGGACGUGGGGUUCGCCCGGAUGCUCUGCAUGCUCUGCCUGGUCAUCACGGUCCAAGCGUUUAACCAGGAAGGGUUCAAGGAGGUGUUGCUGAAGCAGCUGGGGCUCUCCGAGGUCCCUAAACUUCAUAAGAGAGACUUGGUGGACCUGGUUAUCCCAGACCACGUAAAGAACAAAUACAUCUCCAUGCUGAAGCGCCACAGGGUGAAGCGGCGAGCUUUGCCGAGCCUGGCUGGCAUCCUCAGGGGGAUUCCUGGCAAUGCAGAAGUCCCCUCCUCUGACACCACCAUGCGCCAGAACCUGAUCUUUGACAUGGAGGGCAGAAUACCUGAAAACAGCGAAGUGGCAAUGGCUGAACUGAAACUUUUCAAAAAGCCUCUGGACAGAGCCAACCUGCCUGCCAAGCAGUCUCACAGGCCCGUCUCCAACGCCAGAGUCAGCGUGUACUGGGUGCAACGGCAGCACGAUGGGACCAACAGGACCUCCCUGAUAGACUCCAGGCUGAUUCCUAUACGUGAGUCGGGCUGGAAGAACUUUGAUGUGACGCCCGCCGUGCAUUACUGGCUGAGAAACAAGCGGCGUGAGCCAAUGUUCCUGGAGGUCUGGAUUGAAGGAGAAAGGGUAGGCAGCCAUGCCUUGGAAAUGGCCAAAGCCGUGCGUUUCACCUCUCAGGACCCCAAGGAUAAAGCCCUAGGCAAACCUGAACUGGUGCUUUACACCCUCAACUUGGAAGACUAUGGGGGCCCUGGGGACUGCAAGGAGGAGGCGGUGACAGCAAAAUCCACCUGCUGCCGGCAGAAACACUAUGUCAACUUCCGUGAGCUCACCUGGAUGCAGUACUGGAUCAUUGAGCCCGCAGGGUACCAGGCUUACCGGUGCUCAGGGGGUUGCCUGCAGCCCCCCAGCCCGCUGCGGCACUUUGGCUACGGGGAGCGCACCUGUGCCGUGGUGGAGAGCUCCCCGCUCCCCAUGAUGUACCUUGUCAAGAGGGGCAACCGCACGGAGAUCGAAGCAGCCGAGUUUCCCAACAUGAUCGUUGAGAAGUGCAGCUGCGUCAUGGACGGCAUGGCACUGGUGUGAGAUGCAGGCAGCCAGAUGGGGUUAUCACCCCGUCCCUUGAUUCGCUUGCCCAGAGCCACCCCGGUUCUCAGCACUGGUGCCAGCAAUAAAGGUCCUGGGGGGGGGCCCAGAUACCCACCUUGCAAGGCUCAGCAGCACCUGCGGCUGCGCAUCUCCCACGCGCCUCGCUACCCCCGCGGAGAGGGUGCACUUAAAGGCACUGUCCAUAUAGAUGGGCUCAGAGGAGCAUCCACCUUUGCAUAUACCUAUGUAGGGGUACUUAUGGAGUGCCUAACACUUCUCGGGGCCCCCUCGAUGCUAGCCAAAUUUCAUGUAAUUUGAUGGAGCUGCAUCCAAUUCAUCUCAGUCCCCACCCCAGAGUAUUGCAAACAGCUACAGGCAGGAGAGGAGUGACCAUCACCAGGUGAAGAAGUGACACAUGGGUUCAGCUUUUCAGUCUUAGACUCCUGGUUUGGCCCUUGUCUGUCCAAGUCAUGUUUAUGGUGAAUUGGAGA